AUGACAGAAGAAUGCUGUGUUGAUGGCUGUUUUAAUGUUAAAGAACAACUGUACUAUUUCAAGUUACCAGUAAGUCGAACUCUUCGUAAAAAGUGGGUAGAAGCAAUAAAUAGUUCAGCAAAGCUAACAGAUGACGCAAUGGUGUGCAGUCGCCAUUUUCAGGAGGAACAAUAUAUGUUUGUGAGAGGGAAGCGAAGGCUUAAGCCUAAAGUGGUGCCGUGUUUAUUUGAGAAAGAAUCACAAGACCAAGAUGAAAAACAGAACACAGAUAGCGAAACCACAAAUGAACUUAAAUCACAAGAAAUGGACAUAGACAAAUAUAAAGAAAGCACAGAUAAAGAUAGCAUAAACGUAGAUAAAGAAAACACAAAUACAGAGAAGGACAACAUUGAUAAAGAUAGGAAAAACGCAAAUGAAGACACAGAUGAUAAUGAUAGCAAUAACAAAGAAGACAAUACAGAUAAGCAAACCCGGGACAAAGAAAGAAUAGACAAGAGUGAAGAGAAAUGUAGUCCAGAGGGAAGUUGUACAAAGUCACCUAGAAGCGUUAAGAAUAUAGAUUUAGAAUUCUCACCGAACAAAGACAUUGAAGAUAUCUUAACUAAUUAUCAUAUUAAACAAACGCGGCCGUUAACCGAGAUAUCAGAGAGGGAGACAAGAGGAGAAAUAGAGGAGGAUAGGAGAGAAAAGGAGAGUGAGCCGAAGUAUGUGGAGGUUUCUGUCGGUGGGAAGAGUCAAGACCAAACCAAUGAAGACUGCCUCAUGCUGCUGGAGAAUGUCCAAGUGGAGAUCGAUCCCAGCAUGUUCCCCCUGGACCACGACGCUGACUUUGACCGUGACCAGAACAUAGAACAAGUCGACCUGGACCUAGAUUCCAGCUCGGAUUGUAUCGAUUUGGGAGAAAAAAAAGAUGAUCCCAUCAGUCUCCUCUCCUCCAGCGAUGAAGACGAAGUAAUAAUACAAGAACCGCACAUAGACACGAUAUCUGUCUCAGACGCCACAGAUGAAGAUGACAUUCCACUGCUAAAACUGGUGAAGAAGCAUAAAAAGUCAAAGAAAUGCCAGAAAACUGCAGCAAUUAACAAGAUUUUGGUGAACAAAUACAAGUGUGAAGUCUGCAGAUACUCAGCCCUGGACGCGGCGGAUUACUCCCUCCACAUGAGCAAACACACACACAUGAUACACAUGUGCGAAGUGUGCAACUAUCACACGUCCAGCUGGCUCCUGAUGCACAGGCACAAAGAGAAGCACACGAGAGAGAGCAAGAACACAAAGAGAAGAAACAGAGAGAAGAAGUACAAGUGCCCUCUGUGCUCCUACCGGGCGAAGCAUAACAUGAGCCUGGUGUACCACAUGGGCACCCAUGGGGCGAAGAACGACUUCGAGUGUGACAAGUGCGGGUUCUUCAGCAAUUUAAAAGAGAAUGUGGCGAAGCACAUGAAGAGUUGUAAGAGUGAGUUCUCUUGUGGUUAUUGCUCGUAUACAACGGGCAGCAAGAGCUGUUAUAGCAAGCAUUUGAAGCGGUUUCAUGAUGAAGCUAUUGAUAGAGACUUUGUCCCAUCGGCUUGGACUUAA